CUCGCCAUGGGAUGGAUGGAAGAGCAGCAACUGCUUUCAAACUGCUCAUAUUAUUCACUGCAUGCGUAAUGCAGGGCAGUUGCCAAGGAUGUGAGCGUGGGCAGUUUCGCUGUGGAAACGGUCGCUGUAUCCCUGCAGAUUGGAGGUGUGAUGGGGCUAGAGACUGCUCAGAUGAUACAGAUGAAGCUGGUUGUCCACAACCUACCUGUGAGGGAAAUCAGUUUCAGUGUCAGACUGAUGGUGAGUGUAUCCCACAGUCAUGGGUUUGUGAUGAUGAGGAAGACUGUGAAGAUGGCUCAGAUGAACACCAACAAUGUCCGGGAAGGACAUGCUCAAGUCAGCAGUUCACAUGUUCGAACGGACAGUGUAUCCCGAACACGUACUGGUGCGAUCGAGUGAAGGACUGCUCUGAUGGAACGGAUGAAAGAGUCUGCCACUACCCCAGAUGUGAAGAGUUGUCAUGUGCAAAUGGAGCAUGUUUUAAUGCAAGCCAGCGAUGUGAUGGCAAAGUUGAUUGCAGAGAUUCUUCUGAUGAGGCUAAUUGCACACAUGGAUGUACCAGUGCGCAGUUUCAGUGUGCUAAUGGAGAAUGCAUCCCACGAGCCUUUAUCUGUGACCAUGAUGAUGACUGUGGAGACAGGAGUGAUGAAAACUCUUGCACUUACGCGACUUGCAGAGGCAACUUCUUCACUUGCCCAAGUGGCCGUUGCAUUCAUCAGAGCUGGAUAUGUGAUGGAGAUGAUGACUGUGAAGAUAAUGAAGAUGAAAGAGGAUGCGAAAGUGGUCACCAUGAAUGCUACCCAGGAGAGUGGGCCUGCCCUGGGUCAGGGCGUUGUAUUCCAAUUGGGAAAGUGUGUGAUGGGGCUGCAGACUGCCCUGCAGGAGAAGAUGAAACGAACAUCACCGCGGGCAGACAUUGCAACAUAUCACACUGCGCUGCUCUGAGUUGCCAGUAUCGCUGUCAUUCUUCUCCAUCAGGAGGGAUGUGUUACUGCCCUGCAGGAUAUACAAUAAGCAGCAAUGAUAGUCGUACUUGUAUUGAUUUUGAUGACUGCAAAAUGUGGGGUGUUUGUGACCAGCUGUGUGAAGAUCGCGUGGGACAUCACCAGUGCCACUGUGUGGAAGGUUAUUUCCUAGAGCAUCAUCGGCACUGUCGGGCCAACACUUCAGCUGGUGUUGCAUCUAUUAUUUUUUCCAACGGCCGUGACUUGCUGAUUGGAGAUCUUCAUGGAAGAAGUUUUCGUACUUUGGUGCGAUCGCAGAACCGUGGAGUUGCAGUUGGAGUAGACUUUCACUUCUACCUGCACAGAAUCUUUUGGACUGAUACGGUGCAAGAUAAGGUUUUUUCCAUUAAUAUUGAUGGCUCCGAUUUCCAAGAAGUUUUAAAUGUUUCAGUUGACACACCUGAAAAUCUAGCAGUGGAUUGGGUUAACAAUAAACUGUACGUGGUUGAGACCAGUGUGAACAGGAUAGAUAUGGUUAACUUGGAUGGAACAAACCGUGUGACUCUUAUUGCUGAAAAUCUUGGAAAUCCUAGAGGAAUAGCACUUGAUCCGACUGUUGGUUAUUUGUUUUUCUCAGACUGGGAUAGUCUGUCUGGUGAUCCUAAAGUGGAAAGGGCCUUCAUGGAUGGCACAAACCGUCAGGACUUGAUAAAAACAAAAUUAGGCUGGCCUGCUGGAAUAACUCUGGAUAUUGUAUCAAAGAGACUUUACUGGGUUGACAGCCGGUUUGAUUACAUUGAGACUGUAACUUAUGAUGGGCUUCAAAGGAGAACGAUAGCCCAUGGAGGCUCACUGAUUCCUCAUCCGUAUGGAAUCACUUUGUUUGAACACAAUGUGUAUUUCACUGAUUGGACCAAAAUGGCAGUGGUGAAAGCUAACAAGUUUUCAGAAUCGAGCCCUCAAGUGAUCUACCAGUCUUCCCUGAGACCUUACGGCGUGACCGUUUACCAUGCUGCCAGGCAGCCAUAUGUAAGAAAUCCUUGUGGAAGUAAUAAUGGGGAAUGUGAACAGGUCUGUGUUCUCAGCCACAAAACAGAUAAUGAUGGACUCGGUUAUCGCUGUAGAUGUAUACUGGGCUUUGAUCUACAUGUAGAUGGACGACAUUGUGUUGCUGUGCAGCAGUUCCUGCUGUUUUCAUCCCAGCUGGCAGUGCGGGGGAUCCCAUUCAAUCUCUCCUCCCAGGAAGAUGUGAUCAUACCUGUGACAGGGAGCCCUUCAUACUUUGUUGGAAUUGACUUCUGUGCUCAGGAUGACACCAUUUUUUUUUCAGACACAAGUAGAGACAUGAUCUAUAAACAGAAAACCGAUGGUUCAGGAAGAGAAAUCCUGACAGCUAAUAGAGUGGAAAGUGUUGAAGAUUUGGCCUUUGACUGGAUUUCAAAGAAUCUGUACUGGACUGACCCUCGGUAUAGGAGUAUUAGUGUGAUGAGGCUGGCAGAUAAAUCUAGGAGAGCUAUUGUUCAGAAUUUAAAUAAUCCUCGAUCAAUAGUGGUUCAUCCCGUUAUUGGGUAUAUAUUCUGGACAGAUUGGUUUCGUCCUGCUAAAAUCAUGAGAGCCUGGAGUGAUGGAUCCCAUGCCUUGCCAAUUGUGAAUACAACGCUAGGCUGGCCUAAUGGCCUAGCCAUUGACUGGAGUUCUCUAAGGCUGUACUGGGUGGAUGCCUUUUUUGAUAAAAUCGAGCACAGCACCUUUGAUGGGCUGGACAGACGGACUCUUGAACGUAUUACUCAGAUGACUCACCCAUUUGGCCUUACUAUUUUUGGAGGUUAUGCCUAUUUCACUGAUUGGAGACUUGGUGGAAUAGUUCGAGUGCGGAAGUCUGAUGGAGGAGAAAUGACUAUUAUUAGGAGGGGUAUCAGUAACAUUAUGCAUGUUAAAGCAUAUGACGCUCAUUCCCAAAUAGGCUCUAACUACUGUAACAGAGGAACAAAUCCCAAUGGAGACUGCAGCCAUUUCUGCUUCCCAGUACCAAAUUUUCAGAGAGUUUGUGGUUGUCCUUAUGGCAUGAAGCUGGCUUCAAACCACCUGACGUGUGUUGAAGAUCCCUCCAAUGAGCCACCCACUUUGCAGUGUGGCUCCUACUCAUUUUCCUGUGGUAAUGGAAGAUGUGUGCCUCGAUACUACCAGUGUGAUGGUGUUGAUGAUUGCCAUGAUAACAGUGAUGAGCAAAACUGUGGUUCUUUAAACAAUACUUGUGCUUCAUCAGCUUUUACCUGUGCCAAUGGACAGUGUAUCCCAGGUCGCUGGCAUUGCGAUAAACAUAAUGACUGUUUUGAUGGCAGUGAUGAAUCGCAUUGUCCUACACAAGGACCCACUUCAUGCCCUGCAACCCUGUUCACCUGUGACAAUAACAGAUGUAUUCCUAGGAUCUGGCUGUGUGAUACGGAUAAUGACUGUGGUGAUGGGUCAGAUGAAAAAAACUGCACUUUCACAGGCACUUGUGAACCCAGGCAAUUUCAGUGUCCGGACCAUCGCUGUAUAGACCCGUUCUAUGUCUGCGAUGGAGACAAAGACUGUAUAGAUGGUGCUGAUGAGCGUGACUGCAUAUAUAACUGCAGUGCCACAGAGUUUAAAUGUCUAAGUGGAGACCAGUGUAUCAGCUCUUACUACCAGUGUGAUGGUGUUUUUGACUGUAAUGAUCACUCAGAUGAGACUGAUUGCCCUACAAGACCACCAGGGAUGUGCCACCAGAAUGAAUUCCAAUGUCAGUCAGAUGGCAAUUGUGUUCCUGCUAACUGGGAAUGUGAUGGGCAUCUUGACUGUGCAGAUGGCUCAGAUGAACAUCAUAGAUGUCCUGCCAGGACCUGUCCUCCGUCUCUUUUCCGCUGUGAUAACGGCAACUGUGUCUAUCGAGCAUGGAUCUGUGAUGGUGAUAAUGACUGCAGGGAUAUGAGUGAUGAGAGAGAUUGUCCUACUCAGCCUUUCCGGUGCCCCAGCUGGCAGUGGCAAUGUCCAGGUCACAGUAUCUGUGUGAAUCUGAGCAAAGUAUGUGAUAAUUCUGCUGAUUGUCCCAAUGGAGCUGAUGAAUCCCCACUGUGCAAUGAACCCCAGCCAGACCAGGAGAGCUGCUCUGACAAUAAUGCCGGCUGCACUCAUGAGUGUAUUCAAGGACCCUUUGGAGCUCAGUGUACUUGUCCUGUUGGAUACCAGCUUGCAAAUGACUCCAAGACCUGUGAAGAUAUUAAUGAAUGUGACCCUCCAGGCUUUUGUAGUCAGCAUUGUUACAAUGAGAGGGGGUCUUUUCGGUGUUACUGUGAUGACGGAUACAUUCUAGAAACCAAUGGGAAGACUUGUAAAGCAGCAGAGUCUGGGAAUCUUCUUUUGCUGGUGGCAAGUCGUAACCAGAUUGUUGUGGACAACAUCACCUCUCAGUCACACAGUAUUUAUUCUCUUAUUCGGAAUGGGAGAAAUAUUGUGGCUAUUGAUUUUGAUUCAGUCACAGAUCGUAUCUUUUGGUCUGAUACAGCGCAGGAUAAAAUCUGGAGUGCUUAUCAAAAUGGGACUGACCGAAGAAUAGUGUUUGACAGUGGUGUCACCGUGACUGAAAGUAUAGCGGUAGAUUGGGUAGGUCGCAAUCUUUACUGGACAGACUUUGUUCUGGAAACAAUUGAAGUCUCUAAAAUGGAUGGGAGCCACAGGACUGUGCUGAUUAGUGAAAAUAUAACAAACCCAAGGGGACUAGUGUUAGAUCCCAGAAUUGAUGCUCAUGUAAUGUUCUGGACUGACUGGGGCCAAAACGCUCGAAUUGAAAAAGCCAGCAUGGAUGGCAAAAUGCGAACAGUGAUUGUUGACAACAAAAUCUACUGGCCCAAUGGACUCUCCAUUGAUUACCCAAAUAAACUGCUCUAUUUUGCCGAUGCUUAUCUCGAUUAUAUUGAUUUUUGUGAUUACAAUGGAAACCACAGGCGACAGGUGGUUGCAAGCGAUUUGAUACUGCAGCAUCCCCAUGCUUUAGCUGUCUUUGAAGAUUUUGUGUACUGGAGUGAUCGCUACACUAAUCGAGUAAUUCGGGCCAAUAAAUGGCAUGGAGGAAACCAGACAGUUAUGAUUUAUAACAUUCACCAGCCUUUGGGCCUUGUGGCAGUCCACUCUGUAAAGCAACCUCAUGCUAUCAAUUCUUGUGCGUCAUCCCCUUGUAGCCACCUCUGCUUGCUUUCUUCGUCUGGACCACUAUUUUUUUCCUGUGCUUGUCCUUCAGGAUGGAUGCUUUCUCCUGAUAACAGGAACUGCAUGAGAGUUGAACACCCUUUCCUUAUUGCUGUAAGAGAUAAUAUAAUUUAUGGGAUUUCUCUGAACCCUGAAGAGAAGACAAAUGAUGCUAUGGUUCCAAUAGCAGGAGUUCAAAAUGGUGUUGAUGUUGACUUUGAUGACUCCGAACAGAUGAUUUAUUGGGUUGAAAAUCCAGGUGAAAUUCACAGGGUGAGGUCAGAUGGAGCCAACAGGACAGUUUUUGCUCCAGCAGCUGUUAUUGGUGCUCCUUUUGGUCUGGCAUUGGACUGGAUAUCUGCAAACUUGUAUUACAGUAACCCAGGGACACAGUCAAUUGAGGUCCUGAAGCUGCAUGGUGACGUGAUGUACAGGAAAACCCUGAUUACCAACGAUGGCACCUCUCUGGGAGCUGGCACGCCAAUUGGUUUGACGGUUGAUCCAGCAAGAGGGAAGGUGUACUGGACAGACCAUGGGACUGACAGUGGAGUCCCAGCAAAGGUGGCCAGUGCAAACAUGGAUGGAUCAGGCAUACAAACCCUCUUCACUGGGAACCUUGACCAUGUAGAGUUCAUUGCCAUUGAUAUAAAGGAACAGAAAUUGUACUGGGCUGUCACAAGCACAGGAGUG